GGCUCAGUUAAGAAGCGCCAGCAGAGGCGGACAGUGUAACCACGUCGCCGUAUGGUCGAACAGAUAAUAGACUUUACUUUUUGUUGUUUCCAUACAACAAGCUUCAAAGCUUCCGGCUAUAUCGCACCAAGAAACCCCAAUCUUCCACUACGUUCGCUUUUGUUUUUAUUUGCCCGAAUUCAAACGUUGAGUUUGACGUACACGUAUAUAGGAUGAUUCUCGUUGUCGUCUGAAUUAUUCAUCGAGUACAACCCUUGACGUUGCCCUUCUAGACAGGUUGAAGACUGAACUUUUCACUUGGCAAGUCGGGAAUAUGAAGAAUCCGUUGCUUUCAUCGCUGUACGAUCCGCCGCCCAUAACGGACGGCGCUGGGUAUCCAACCCACCGGAAUAGUUUAUAUCCGGAGCGGCUCCAUCCACCUCCGUAUCCAGGCUCAUCGGUCAUUCCGAUUUUCCCGUCUCUGAGCAAGAACCACAACAACUACGCCAGCAUGAUGAUCGAAGCGUCCGGAGGUCCCCCACCGUUAGAAUACGACCCUGACGCAAUCCCUUCGCCGGCCUAUCCGUCGGUCAAUGACAGUGAAAUGACCACACCGAGUGGACUGAACGUCCGCGCUGAAGAGAUAGGCCUCGUCCUAUUGGUCCUCCUUCUUUGGGUCGGAGCGGUGGCGCUUUUCUUCAAUCGGUGGGGCAAAAUCCGCAUGCUGGAGCCAUACCAACCGAAAUUCAUUGACGCUCCGCGCGGAUCUCUAGCGCCGAUUGCAGCAGCUGGAACAGGCGCUCCUUCGGGCAUGUCCACAGCGCCACAUCGGCUCUCUUAUCCAUUGAUUGAGCUCGCGCACACGUCACGAUUACAUCAUCACUCUCGCAUGAACAUUUCGGCAUCCGCCUGCUGCGGGGAUCAUCCAACGGCCGAUCACCAGCAAUCAGCUCUCUCUUCCGGAAGGCGGAGACCAUCGGCAUCGCCUUCUGGUAUCUUCGUGCAUCACUAUCCAACUCAUCCGGCACGUCAUCAUCAUGGAUCGUCAUCGUCUUGUUUAUCUCCAGGAUUGCCGUUCUACGGAGACGGAAUCGGAUCAGUUGGCGAUCCGUAUUAUCAUCAACAUCAGCAGCGACCGCGGCAGAAUUCCGUCGUCGUCUUCGCCACGGCCCAUUUUAUGACGGCCGCGCGCAGAGUCAAGAGCGCCAUGGAUUUGCAGACGCUCGUCUUGCGGGAGGAGACGGAAGAAAGUGUGCACGCACUGAGCUGUACGGCGGGAGGCGAAGCCUCGGGAUUAAUGGGUUCAUCCACCGCAGAUAAUCAUCUAGCCGUUGGUACCAUUACUUGCGUUUGAGCAUUGGGCUCGGUUUCCAUCUUGUUUUCUGUUACUUGCGCGGUUCAACACGUUCAACAAAUAUCAUAUUCCAAUUUGUUUUUAUUACUCUACGAUUUUAUUUCACACGUUUAUUAUAUGUACUAUAGUUAUAUAUUGCGUAAUCAUCUGUCGAUUGGCUGACGUCAAGACGUAUCGUCUCUCCCAAUCAAUGUGGAAUUGAAACUGUUUUUAUUCUCCUUGUGUUUUUGUUUUUGAAAAUGUGUAUCGAUUGGGAGUCGACCUGUAUAGCUAUACGUUUUCCCUGGAACUCGCACGCUUUUCUUCUUCGAUGCUGCGCUAUAAUAUUUAUGCGUUUUCUCAUCAAAUCGUUUACUCAUUCGGAUCGGCACAUCGGGUCCUGCGUUACCCGUGACAACCGCAUUGGAGCCUGUCACGUUUUGAAUUUAAAACGUAUCUCCUAUACUGUGGUUUCAUAUAUGCCACGUGGUGCUACAUUAAAACGGAAAUUGUAUAUUGAAAGUAAUAUUUAAUCACGAUUGGACCCGUAAAACCACUGUUGAUAAAUGACGGGUGAUUUGUCCUUAAAUUACGAGAGGCUGCCCACUGGAUGACGGCCAUCUUAAAGAAUUUACAUUUUUCUUUUCUUCUCUUCAUUUUUUAUUUUAAAUCCAAUGCACAAUUUAUAACAGUUCGGUGACCGUUCCCGUACUAAAUUUUCCAUUUGAUUUUACAAAAAUAAACUGAAUGUAUUAUUUAA